GCAUGCCCGGGGUGAAGCUGACCACGCAGGCCUACUGCAAAAUGCUGCUGCACGGCGCCAAGUACCCGCACUGCGCCGUCAACGGGCUGCUCGUGGCCGAGAAGCAGAAGCCGCGCAAGGACCACCUCCCGCUGGGCGGCCCCCACACGCUCUUCGUGGACUGCAUCCCGCUCUUCCACGGCACGCUGGCCCUGGCGCCCAUGCUGGAGGUGGCCCUCACCCUGAUUGAUUCGUGGUGCAAAGAUAAUAGCUAUGUGAUUGCUGGUUAUUAUCAAGCUAAUGAACGAGUAAAGGAUGCCAGUCCCAACCAGGUUGCAGAGAAGGUGGCCUCCAGGAUCGCAGAGGGCUUCAUGGACACCGUGCUCAUCAUGGUGGACAACACCAAGUUCACGAUGGACUGCGGCGUGCCCACAAUCCACGUGUAUGAGCACCACGAGAACAGGUGGCGGUGCAGAGACCCACACCAUGACUACUGUGAAGACUGGCCAGAGGCCCAGAGGAUCUCUGCAUCGCUCCUGGACAGCCGGUCCUAUGAGACACUUGUGGAUUUCGACAACCACCUGGAUGACAUUCGGAAUGACUGGACAAACCCAGAGAUCAACAAGGCCGUCCUGCACCUGUGCUAGGGGACCCGGAGCCGGCUCCUGGCAUUGCCACCUCACCGGAGGGGAAGCCUGUUUUCCGUGGAGCGAGAACACGCAGCCUGUUGCAGAGCCGCAGCAACCUGUACCGGAUCUGGGCAGGGCACGCGUCACCUCGAUGCCAAGCGGGGCCGAGGAAGAGGUGCCAGCCCGCCCUGCGAGUUCUCUUGCGGUCAUGCGUUGCUGUCCACUUCCACAUCAGCUCUUUCUGCUUGUCCAAGAUUGUUCCUAUUAAAGUUUUAACUAACCUUUUAUAAUCUGGAGAGAAUACUUUUUAAGGCUUAUGAACUAUUAAAAACCAAGCCCACAUCUUAUACUGCAGUGCGUGUGUGUAUUUAUGCUGGCUGAGUCGGGGUGGAUUCGGAGUGCCAGCACCCAGGGGUGCCCAGCAAUGCCCAGGGAGCGAGGUGUGGGUGUGGGAGGCGGCAGGUUGAGCCUGGGGAGUAGCUGAUGCUGCUGUUGCCUGAGAAACCAUUGCUAUGGGCAAAACAAACAUUUGUGGGGCGGGAGUGCAGAGCCGGGCCGGGACCGUGCCAGUGGGUUUGCAGAAGCUGACAGGCCUGACUCCAGAGACCCGCCCGCCAGAGGGUUCCAACCCAGGUCUUCCUCUAAGAGCUGCAGGAGGCUGAGACUCCAGUUGGCACAGAACAGCGUCUGCAUUUUUAUGCCUGGAACGUCUGGUCCAGUGUUCUGGCCUUGAGGGACUGAUAAGGGAAGCUGCACUUGCCCCUCAAAGUCUGCCGGCCUCUGUGGACCCGUGUACUGGAGGGGACGGGCCAGUGCCCCAGGCAGCACAGCCAGCAGCAGGGUGGGCAGUGCCGUGGGAUCCCUGUGCACAGCGGAGCUGGCCUCCAGUCCUGCCUCAGUGUCUUGCUUUCCCAGGAACACCUCCCGCCUUCCAGGUCAGAUUCAGGACUGAGCCUAAACAUCGGUUCCCUAGCUGGCGGGGUCAGACAGACUGGCACGGGCGUUAAAUACUCAGAAGGGCCCAUUUGUGAAAGACCAGGAUGGGCCCAAGGGUGCGAUGCCCUUGUAGUCUGUAUACAAAUAGCACUUCACUUCCGUCUCUGCCUGAGAACAGGCUUCCUCCUCCCCAGGGGUAGACAGCAGGCCUCUUUCAUGGCCAACCAAGCUGUGUCCGUGCUGCAGCACCACCCUGUACUCAUACGCCAGCUUCUGAAUGAACCCUGAGCCUGAGCAGCGCCCCCUGUGGCCAGCUGUGGGCAUGCUGGUCAAGUGCUCUACCCCUGGGCUACCCCGAGCCCCAGGGGGACUUUUUUAAUCUCUAUUCAUUAAAAGAUGAGGAGACAAAAAAUGUGAGAUAAUGAAAACAUGGAAAUAAAG